GCCUCUCGACACAGCCCGUCUGGCGCAAGCUGUGGGACGACGUGAUGAAAACCCGGCCGCCCAACUCGGAGAAUAUAACCUGUUGGAGGAAGAAGUUCCUCGAAACGUUCUUCUCAAAUGUUCUUCACGGUGUCCUGGAUGUUUCGUCUGACUGGCGUCUCAAUGAUGAUCACUUCUCGCCGCUGCUCCACAGCUCCCCGCACGUUUCCCAGCUCACCCUCUGCAACAUGCUGCAGGGCGCAGUGGAGCUCACUGCUGAGCACAACCAGCAAGUGCUUGAGAACCUGGCUGGCUCUCUGCGGAUCCUGAAGUUCCAGCACCUCCUCUCCUCCGACCAGUCCAUCAGGCGUUCGCUGGUUUUACUUCUUCACCGGCUGAUUCACCAUGGCUCUGUCAGCCAGGUGUCCAUGUAUUCCUGGCCUGUUCCCGACACGGUUCUUCUUGUUCUCAUUUUGAGCAUGAGCGCUGGGUUUUGGCGCUCGGGAAAUGCCCUUGCCUACCACAGCAGCCCGUGUGGCCUUUGCAGGGCGGAGGACAAAGCCCAAAGCCAGGAGCAGGCACAAGAGCAAGCAGUGAGGAGGGGCCAAUACAGUAAGAGGGAGUGGGGUGACAGUGAGCACCAGAAGGGAUCCUCCAGCACCCCAGAGGAGGAGGACGCGGAGGUGAAUGGCUGCAGGGCUGACACUCACCUGAACUCUGAGCUCUCUGGACCGAGAAGCCCUCCUCUGCGACACCAGGUGUGUGAGGACAUGAGCAGCGAGGUGCCCUGCGACGACACCAGCACUCAGGAAGGGUCUUCUUGUUGCGUCUCAGACCAGCUGUCCUGUCACCCCGUUCUUCGAAAGAUGCGCAGACGGAUGAAGUCAGCAGCAGGGAAGAAACGUCGCUGCCUCAGACGAAGCAGCGGACAAUAUGCUGACCCAGAGGACCUGUAUGAUUUUGUUUUUACUGUUGCUAGAGAGAAUAAUUCAGGGUUACUCAACAAUAACAGCACCACGGAGGAAGAAACCGUGGAAAACUGGACUAGUCCCUCCCCAGGAUCUCCGUGUAAGAGAUGUAAGAAAAGAGGAGGGUCUGCUGGGAUCUUUUCUCCGAAAGUUCCUCAUCGCUUCCGAAGUGUGUCCACGCUGGAAUUGUUCUCCAUUCCUUUGACUGGGGAGACAUGCCGGACUCUGAGUAACCUGCUGAGCUCCUGGGUGUCUUUAGAAAACUUGGUUCUGUCUUACAAUGGCCUGGGUGCCAACAUCUUCUGCGUCCUCGCUGGGCUCCGGGCCCUGGCCCAUCACCCGGACUGCCGCCUCCGCGUGGUGCGCGUGAGCGACGUCUUCUCCCACGUGCCGUGCAUGGAGCUCGUUUGCUGCAUCCUGAGCGCCUUUCCCCAGCUCCACACCCUCUCAGUCAGCUUCGACCUCAAAAACCAGCUGGAGGGGAACAGGCCGGAGGGGAAUCCGGGCUGCAGUAAGGUAGAAAUCCCAGAGAGCUGCCUGGAGCAGCUAGAGAUCCGAUUCCCCAGGGAACCCCUGCACACUGCCUUCCUGCUGCCAGUGCUCAAGGCCUCCAAGUCCCUCCAGCAGCUGUCUCUCGACAGCGCCGCGCUGCCCUCUUCUCAGGAGCUUGGGCUCCUUUUGGAGGCGCUCAAAGAGUGUAAUCCAAAUUUGAAGAAACUGAGCUUUCAUGAUGUGAACCUGGCUGAGCACCAGAAAGAAGUUCUGCUUUUGCUUCAGGACCCCAUCCUGCAAGAAGUCACGUUUUCCUUCUGCCGGCUGUUCGAAAGCUCUACUACUGAGUUUUUGUUGGAAAUAAUCAAUGCAGUGAAAAGAAAUUCAUCUUUGAAGAGCCUCAAACUGCCUGGGAAUCGCCUUGGGAACCACAGGCUGGUUGCCCUUGCAGACAUCUUCUCUGAAGAUUCUUCCUCUUCUCUUUGCCAGCUGGAUGUCAGCUCAAAUUGCAUCAAACCUGAUGGGCUGCUGGAGUUCACGAAGAAGCUGGAAGGCCACAUCCAACAGAGAGGGGGACACAUUCAGUUCACACACCUCCGCCUCUUCCAAAAUUGGCUGGACCAGGAUGCUGAAACAGCUCAAGAAGCGCUUCGGCGUCUCAGAGCUGUGUGCAGUGUGGUCAACGACUCGUGGGAUUCCUCCCAGGCCUUUGCUGACUACAUCAGUGUCAUGUGA